UUAUCAGAAAACUCCACCAUUUAUAGGUUUUAACCCCCAACCUCCUCCCAAAAAAAGUGUCCUUUUUAUCUGGCACAAUUAAGGGCACUGCCUUCAAAUCUCAUGAGGGAGGUGGUACAUCAAUCAUUGUCACCAAGCCAUAAACUGCUGCCAUGGUGCUUCACUGGCGUGCAACUUGGAACUGUAAAGCAUCAAGCACAGGUGAAGCAGAUGUUUGGUACAAUCAGAAUUCAGAACUGGCCAAGCUCUCGGGGAAUAAUCACAGCAACAGCUUUUGCAGUUCCCAGGAGGAAUGCGGUGGCCUUAAUCUUGUCAAGUUAUUUCUUCUCAGGAGUUAGUUUGCCUGAUGCUGCAUUUGCUGAACCAUCCGUUGGGCUCAGAGAAUACAUAGAUACUUUUGACGGCUAUUCAUUUAAGUACCCUCAGAACUGGAUUCAAGUCCGAGGUGCUGGGGCUGACAUAUUCUUCAGGGACCCUUAUAUUCUUGAUGAAAAUAUCUCUGUGGAGAUGUCCUCUCCCUCAUCCUCCAAGUACAAGAGUGUUGAAGACUUGGGUCCGCCUCAAGAAGCCGGACAGAAAGUACUUAAGCAGUAUUUGACAGAGUUCAUGUCUACGAGACUUGGUGUCAGGCGUGAAUCGAAUAUUCUUUCCACAUCUUCGAAUGUUGCUGAUGAUGGGAGGACAUACUAUCAAGUCGAGGUAAACAUAAAGUCAUAUGCAAGCAACAAUGAGCUGGCUGUUAUGCCACAAGAACGUGUGGUUCGUUUGGAAUGGGACCGGCGCUACCUUUCAGUUCUUGGAGUCGAAAACAAUCGGCUGUACGAGCUGAGGCUGCAAACACCUGAAAAUGUAUUCUUGGAAGAGGAAAAUGAUCUUCGCCAAGUCAUGGAUUCCUUCAGAGUAGACAAGGUGCUUGGUUGACCGGUGCUAGCCUUUUGUUUAAUGUUUUUUCUUAUUCUCCUCAUUUUUUUUUGUAUCAUCCAAUUUUGUUAAAAAGAGAUAACAGAGCAUCUUGAUUCUUCUGGUUCUUGUCUAUCUUUCA